AAUUUAACGGAAAGCCGCAUUGUGGAUGGCGAAGUUUCCUUUCCUGACAAGACGAUAUUGUGAACAGUCGUUAUUAUAUGUACGCCUCCGAUCCGCCACUCCACCUGUUUAGCGGGGUGGCAUUACAAACUUCAGUGCUUUUGUCUCUGAGGAUUAUGGAUGGGUAUAACAUAUAAUGUGAGACAGCCUAGGACAAAGCUUUCGCUACGCUGUUAGGCUAGGCUGCUAGGUGAACAGUUGAAAACGGUUAGGUUGCCAUGUUGCCAUGACUACGAAUCAGUUUUACGUUGUCCGCCGCAGUCGGCCACGGAAAGAGCGAUGGGCCCCGGGCCACAGUGGCGUCAGCAGACGUGUACGUGGAUGACAUCUUGAGCCACGUGGACAGUGUCCGGGCCAAGUUCCCGGGCAAGCCUGUCUACCUCGUGGGCUACUCAAUGGGUGGCCUCCUUGUCGUCCUGGCUGUCCAGCGCCGACCCAAGGACUUCGAAGGCAUGGUGCUGCUCGCGCCACUCUUCGGGAUUGCGCAGCUCUCGUGGUUCAAGGCUAACCUCGUUCGCCUUCUGGGUCGCCUGCUGCCCAGCGUUCCCGUAGCCAAGACGGCCGUCGAGUUGGCGUGCCGGGACCCCGUCGCCGUCGAGCAGAUGAACAACGACCCCCUUCGCUACCGUGGCAGCGUGUGUGCCGGCUGGGUGGCAGCGAUGAUCACUGCGCUCGAGGCCGCCCACGCUCAGGUCAAUCUCGUGGAGCUGCCAAUGUUUAUUCAGCACGGCUCUGGCGACAAGCUUUGCGACCCCGAUGCCUCGCUUGAUUUCUUCAAGAAUGCACCUAGCAGGGACAAGAGCAUCAAGAUCUACAGCGACGCGUACCACAGCCUGCUGAAGGAACCCGAAGGUGUCGGGCAGCAAGCCCUGAAAGACAUCGUGAACUGGUGCUCCUCGAGGCUUCCCACCAAUGAGACCGAGGAGACCGAGGGGACACCGAAGGUGCAACCGCGCUCGUCCGGUGAACAGCAGAGCGACGGAGGAACUCUCACAGCGAUGCCUUCAACCGCAUGAACGCUGCUUCAGAAGAAAACCGAGUCAUUAAAUGUUA